UGAUCAAUUGAAUCCUCAAGGGAAGAGCAAGCUUGCCAGUUUCAGUUUCCAGUUUCACUUUCCAUUCCACUCUCAGUCAACAACUCAUCCAGCCCCCAGAUUUUAAAAGCUUCCAGAAAUGUUGAACAGUCACAUCGCUUUUCCAGUCCUCUGAAGUACAGCCGGAAUCCCAAACAGCACCAUGAGCGACACUCUGAAGGAAUCCCUGUUUGAGAAACUCUGUCAGCUUCAGUGUCACUUCACGUGGAUUCCACAGAAGGACAACACUGACUUCAGUGAUAUGAAGCUUAGAUUACAAGAUUCUAUAAAACUUGGUGUCAAAUAUCAAGCCACAUCCUACAACCAACUUGCUUUUGUAAACUGUCAGCAAGGCGACUAUGAAGAAGCAAUUCAAAAUUUAAAGGAAGCUGAAAAGAUUUGGAGAGAGAACCACAAGGAAGAAUUAGAAAGAAGAAGCAUCAUCACCUAUGGAAACUUUGCCUGGGUCCAUUACCACAUGGGGCAGCUGACCGAGGCCCAGUCCUACCUGGACAUGCUGGAGGUGAUCUGUAAACGGCUCAGUGACAGCCCUCGCUAUACAGCAAUGAUCCCUGAGGUGUACGGGGAGAAGGGAUGGUCACUGUUAACUUUUGGUAGAAGAGUUUACUUUGAGGAGGCAAAGAAAUGUUUUGAGAAGGCUUUGGAGGAAGAUUCCCAUAAUGGGGAAUGGACGAUGGGCUAUGCAACUGCUCUUUAUCGUCUAGAAGCGCUUUCUGGUGUUUCAGAGAAUCAGGAGCAGAAUCUAUGUCUAAUGUAUCUGCGACGAGUGCUGGAGCUUGAUCCAGAUGACACAGUGGCCAUGGUUAUGUUGGCCCUAAAGCUGCAAGAGUUCAAUGAAGCAGAGGAAGCAAAUGAAUUAGUUGAAGAAGCAUUGAGGAAGACCCCAGAUCUGCCAUAUGUGCUUCGCUAUGCAGCAAAGUUUUACAGAAUAGGAGGAGAUGUCGAUAUUGCAAUAGGCCUGUUGAAGAAAGCUUUAGAAUUUACUCCAAGCUCGUCCUUCUUACACCACCAAAUCGGUAUCUGUUACAGGGGAAAACUGUUCACUCUGGAAAAGAAAGCAGGCAGCAACUAUCCUGACAGAGCUACAUUUCAACUGAAAGCUGAGUUGAUCAGUAAGAGCAAAUAUCACUUUGAAAAGGCAUUUGAACUCAAACCAGUGUUUAUUUUUGCAAAACUGGAUUUUGCAGGAAUCUGCUUAGAAAAUGGAGAAGUAACCCGAGCAGAGGAGAUCUACAACAGUCUGCUGAGCUUGGAAGAUCUUGCUCUGGAUCAUAAGCAGGCACUCGCUUUACAAGUUGGAUUAUUUGAAUUGCACCACAAAAGAUCUGAAUCAAAUGCCAUCAUCUAUUUUCUGGACGGACUUAAGUUCCAUCAUGGAAGUAAACAAUGGAAGCUCUGUGACAGUAACUUGAGAAAGAUCUUAGGAAAACAAAUUCAGAGGAAUCCAAGAAACAGCAAAGCCUUUGGAAUUCUUGGGAUGGUGCACCAGCUGGCUGGGGAGAAGGAUGAGGCUGUUAAAUGCUUUGAAAAGGCCUUGGAAUUUGAUCCUGGCAAUGAAGAAUAUCUCAAUGCUCUUUCUGAAUUACGCCCUUCGACUUAGGCUCUAGAUACCCAGAGAGAUGCGGGUGUACUGUGACUGUGGAAAGUCUUUCCUCAUCCAGUUCUCACUAUUAAAGUUGUCUGAUAUUAUGUGCAAUACAUCUAUAGAAACACAUUUAAUGCAUGUUUCAUUCAUGAUUUUCUGAAGCCUUUGUGCUUAAGUUUGUGUCUAUAACAUUUUCAAUAUUUGCUUCUCCCAUCAAUUCUGCAAUUUCCACCUGAGUUUCAGAGACAUUAUUUCAGAUACAUCUGAAGCUAUGGCUGCAUCAGAAACAGUAGCAUAUGAACACAACUGUAAGUUCCCAGUCCUAUUACUCCAUGAGUCCAAUUUCAGCUGGAGUUGAUUGCUAGUACACCAAGUUCUAGGUAAAGCUAAUUUUUAUGUGACAGCACCAAACAAGAAGUGCCAUCUAAUCCAGCUUCCAUGUUAAUAAAGCUUUCUCUGAAAGAAAAUGAAAUGAUUUAUAAAAUACUCAAAUAAGAAAGAGGAGUACUCAACUCCAUUUUUUUUUCUCAAAGGAGCCAUAACCAAUUAUGACCCAAUUACCUGGAACGUUCUAUUCUUAGCAGUUUUAGUUUGUAUGCAAAAAUAUUCUAGAUGAAAUCUUUGCAACUUGUAGUAGAGUCUAUGUACAGUGUUUGUAUACCUGCCACACCAAAGCAGACGCAAGAUGUUAAAAAUAUUAAAAUAUUAUGCUAAUAAAGCGGAAAAUUAUGAUAACAUUUAGCAGAUUGUUCAGUAUCAAUAGAAGGGAAAAUUAAGUUGAUUUUUCAGACUGAAGAUUGAGAUGCUGCCUGAUUUUUUCAGAAUUUUUACUGUUAAGAAUUUGGAUUUCCAAUGGUUGGAGUUUUUAAAUCAGACAUUAAUUUGAAAUCUUAUAGUCCUUCAUAUACAUUUUCCUUUCAAUAUUGUUAAAUGUGCUGUAAUCGCAAAAUCUGAGUGUAAAAGAAACCAAUAAAGUGUUAUGAUUUA